AUGGAACAAUUAAAUAGAAUUAGAGAUGAAAUUGAAGCCGAUAUUAAUGAAGAUGAAGUUGAAGAAGAUAAAGUUGAAAGAGCCGAAGCAAAUAAAGUAAAUGAAGUCAAAGAAGUCGAAGAAGCUGAACUUGAAGUUGAAGAAGAGAUUGAACAACUUAUUUUUGAAAUUCCCUCUCAUCAUAUAAGAGUAAUGGCUACUAGUAAUUAUAUUUGGGUUGAUAAUAACCUUGAAACAGAAGAAGUUACUAUUGAUGAGGCUGCUAUUAUAAAAGAAAUUUGUCAUCAGUCUGAUUUCAGUAAUAGUGAUAACAAUAGCAAUGUUAAAAUUCUCAUUCCAUUGCUUUGA